CUCCAACGACGUGCAUACUCGUACGCUUGUCCAUCCGCAGCCUCGUCAGCAACGCCACGACGGUCACCUCGCCCGGCUUCGCAUCUGGGAACCGUCUGUCGCCAGCCGCCCACGCUUUGAGCACUUGCGCUCUGCGCUUCAGGUUGACUGACACACGGGGAGCCACGCACUCAAGACACCAAUUUGCUUCGAGGUAAGAGCCGCCGCGCAUACACCCACGUCGUUGCGAGUCGCUCGCGGUCGGCUAUCCAGCCCAGCGGCUGCGAAGUCGGAGGCACUCUGUUUUCCCGUCUUCCGCAUCUUCUCCAGCGAGAAGGGCGUGCGUCCCCCAGCCCUGCUAGACAGCCUCUUCGGCGCAGCCUGCUCGUCGUCUGCUGCUCCCGCGUCGGAUGCGAUGCCCGUUGCACCCGCCCAAAGCCUCGCCCUGGACGGAUACGCUUAUCCAUACCGGGCGCGACGGCUUGCAGGGCCUCUGCAGUUCUGAGCGCGGGGCAGCCUGGCUGUCGGCUGUACCUCCAUACUUUAGUGGAGAGGUCGACUGAGUCAGCGGGCUGCUCACGUUCCACCGAAAGGACUGCUGAGCAGUGCUCUGGCCGCCACCGAUUCAGCGACCUUGGCAGCGCGCUUGCCACCUACCGCGGGUGUGCACCCGCCCUCCAGCUCCACGGUACCUUCUAAGGUUACCUAGCCGACAGUGGCCGUCGAGGAGGACCUUUAGGCUUUCCAUCGCUACCCGCGUUGGCUAGCUGCGCUCGCGCUUCAGGGAUUCCUUCCACUGGGUGCGUCAGCGUCAGCGCCAGCACGUUCCCGUCGGCAGCCGAUCACCCCCCACACUGUUCUCGCGCCGCCUUGCGAUUUUCCUCCUGUGGCGUCGUCUGAUUCUUUAUUUACUUUUCUACAUACUCUUCCCCGCAGCCGCCAGAAUUCCCCAACGUCUCUGCCUUUUCUGUGCCUUUUUGAAAGCAUUGUCACACAGACAUCAUAGACGCCCUUACCUUGCGCAUGACUUAGGCACACCGUUUGCUGGGGUCCGUCCCAAGGUUGACCAUCAUGCCUAGAGACGAUCUGUCCAUCGAUUUCGUCAAGAGGAUGCCUCAAGCCGAACCCCUCGAUCCGGGCUUGAUCCUCGACGAUUGGAUCAACCGUGUCCAAAACCUGCCCGAGGAGAUUCGUUUCAUGCAGGACGAAAUCGCCGACAAGGAUCGACAAUACAACGAGUGCAUCCGAACGAUCGAAGACCGCGACGGCAAGAUCCAAAAAUGGAUCAAGUCGAACGGGAUCCAUGAGGCGAACCCUAAGGAGGAGCUGCUACGUGCUCAGAUCCGCGACGCUUAUGCCCGCGCCGACAAGAUUUCGCAGGACAAAAUUGCCCUUACACAAAGGCUGCAGGCCAUCAUGGACAAGCAUCUGCGCAGCCUUGACGUUCAAAUAAAGCUACUUUACGACCGCGCAGAGCCUGGCUUCACCGAUCCUGACGAGGUGCCUUCGCUCCUCCGGCCCAGCGCCGCCAACCACACCGCCCCGUCGAUCCGUUCCAUCAACCCGUCCGCGCACAUGGCCACCGCUGGCCCUAUCCCGUCGCCGCUGAAUCCAGCGCACACCUCCUCGAACCCUGCCACCACGCGCCUGCCCACACACCCCAGCAUCCGGCAAGCUCAAGCUCAACAGGCGCUCAACCAGCACCCGGCGUCCGCUCCUGCCACACCAGCCGCGAGCAUCAUACUCAACCGACAACGCGAAAGCUCUGCCGGCCCUGCGACCAAACGUGGCCCUCGAUCCAGCACGGGCCCUGGAAACGCACCCGCGGCAUCAAGCGGACUCGCGAGACACUCAUCGCUAGGACCCGGCGUUCCCAAGGCUGGUCCGGGUGCUGGCGCUGGGGCUGCGGUUAGGGCGGGUAGUGCUGGUCCACGCGCAGGCUCGGUCAAGGCAGGCUCCGCCGCCGGAAGCCGGCGAGGCACACCGACUGCCACGGCACGUAAGAAGGCCCCCAACAAGUCGUCGCUGUCCCGAGUGAAGAAGGCUUCGGCGCGAAACUCACCUGCUUCGACGGCGGAUAGUGACCUGUCGGAAGCGGAGAGCUUGAGCGCGGGCGAAGAAGACGAGGGCGCAGACGGCCGUUCUCCUGGCACGCCCGCGGCCGACGGCAAAGACGCCGAUGGCGACGAGGCUGUGGGAGAUGCGGAAGACGAGGACGAGGAAGGCGGUGAUGAGAAGACCUACUGCCUUUGCCAUAACGUGAGCUACGGAGAUAUGGUGGCCUGCGACAACGACAAUUGCCCAUAUGAGUGGUUUCAUUGGUCGUGCGUCGGCCUGAAGAGCGAGCCUAACGGGACCUGGUACUGUCCGGUGUGCACGGAGAAGUUUCAGAAGAAGAGCAAGUAGGUGAGGAGGCAAACGACAUCAGGCCGUAUGAUGAUGAUGGAAUGAGGUUGGCGUUGGAGGAUUCGAGGCUGGCAUGCCUCUGGCGUUUCGACUGCUUUAGAAAAACAUGACAUACCCAAAGGUGCUCCGGGGCCAGUAGUUAAUGGUACUCCACGUGCGAGCAUCGCGCUUGGCUCUCCAGUUGUGAGGCGCAGAUCGUGGCCCGCCUUUGGGCAUUAUACUGGC